AUGAGUGCCCCAAGAACCCCAAGUUGGCGCUGUCAUGCUUCAUCGUCAUCUUCAUCAGACUCGAAUUGGAAUGUAUUGUCAGAAAACUUAGCCGGAACUCCGCCGUUAAGGUUUGAAUACAAGUCUGGAACUCCAAAUCCUGCGGAAAACUCCAUGCUAGACCCACUCGAUGAUAACCUCCAAGCCCUGGUUAUUCGUGCCGUUGGUCUCACUCUUGGCCUCCGACGGAUCCCCGCUGGUUUCCAUGUGGUAGUAAAGACCGACGGUGCUGAAUUCCAGACGAGCAACAAACUCGUACACAUCGAUCAGGCUGUCGUCGAAUGGAAUGAGCCCAUACUUCUGCCGUGCGAGACAUAUUCUAAAGUUCAGGUCAGCGUGUAUGCCUCAUUUGAAUUGGGUCCCGUGCUCUGUCAUGGAGAGGUCCUCCGCACAUUCGAGAUCUCCAUCGGAGAAUUACUGGACUGCAGUGAAAAGUCACGUCCCAUAAUAUUUCAGCCCAAGCAGGAGGAAGUUGUAUCUGCAUGUACUUCACUGUUCAUGACAGUGGAGCAGCGACUUUCUGAUAAAAACGAUGUCGCAGUUCUUUGCCCCGCUAAUACUCUUACAUCCCACGAUAUGGAUGUGUUAGCACUAAAUACGGAUGCCGGGCAUCGUCUUCUUGCGCGAUACUGCAGGAUGCAGAACAGUAGGGAUCUCGACCAAUCGAUAAACCACUUUGAAUGCACCUUGGAUCUCUGCCCCGUGGACCACCCCUACCCGCCCUGCAGCGCUGUUCAAUCCAGCCACUGCAGAGUUUGCAAUGACGAAGACUUGGACCAGGCUAUCGCAUUUCAAACGAAAGCACUGGCUUUGCACCCGGUCGGUCACACAGAUCAGUCCAUGUCGUUAUAUAACCUUGCAAAUCAACUCUCCACCCGCUUUGAACACCGAGGCAACGACGAAGACUUAGAUUGGGCUAUCGCCACAGGGAAGCGCUGGCUUUGCACCCAGUCAUUAAAUAACCUUGCGAUUCAACUCUCCAUCCUCUUUGACCACCAAGGCAACGACGAAGACUUGGAUCAGGCUAUCGCACUUCACAGGGAAGUGCUGGCUUUGCACCCCGUCGGUCACACAUAUUGGUCCUCGUCAUUAAAUAACCUUGCAAAUCAACUCGCCUCCUGCUUUGACCACCGAGGCAACAACGAAGACUUAGAUCAGGCUAUCGCACUUCACAGGGAAGUGCUGGCUUUGCACCCCGUCGGUCACACAGAUCGGUCCUCGUCAUUAAAUAACCUUGCAAUUGAACUCUCCACCUGCUUUGACUACCGAGGCAAUGACGAAGACUUAGAUCGGACUAUCACACUUCAGAGGGAAGCGCUGGCUUUGCACCUGGUCGGUCACACAUAUCGGUCCAUGUCAUUAAAUAACCUUGUGAAUCAACUUGCCUCCCGCUUUGACCACCGAGGCAAUAGAGAAGACUUCGACGAGUCACGAGACAAGCUACGCUGUGCAUUGACUCUGUUGAUGCCGCAUGAUCCUCGUCAAUUAGUAGUCCAGGAGUCGCUAGCUGAGGUCUUUCUAUCAUUUCAUCAUUCAAGGCUUGAUGGCACCAGCGCGGGCAAGGACAAUGAUAAUCUGAAUGCUGCUAUGCAUCAUCUCAAGGCAGCAGCAAAUGUUGUCUCUGGAGGCUCGCUAUCUCGCCUGCGAGCAAGUCUGAGCUGGGUUCGCCAUGCUCAUCAACAUUCGCAUGGUACUGAAUUGGAGGCUCGUGCGACUUCCAUGCAACUUUUGGAUGCUUACACGUCCACAACAGCUUCAGUAUCGUCUCGUCACAAUAUCAUGAAGGACUUCUCAAAUACACUUGCUGUGGAUGCUGCAUCAUGUGCUCUUCAUAGUGGUGAUGUGUGUCACACUGUUGAGUUGUUGGAACAAGGUAGAACUAUCAUCUGGACACAGAUGACACGACUCCGCACGCCUCUUGACAGCCUCCAGACACGCGGCGAUCACGCAGCAACCCUGAUGAAGGAAUUCAGAGACCUCAGCUCCCUCCUCAAUAAACCUCCUGCGAACUAUCUGGAAGCAACCACAAGAAUCAAUGUAGAAGCAGAAGAAACCCGGUACAGACGUUUGGUAAAGGACUGGAAUGGAGUUGUAGAAGAGAUCCGGAAGAUUGAGGGCUUCUCUCGCUUCCUCCUUUCCCCCUUAUUCUCCGAUCUUCAAGAUGCAGCUCGUGAUGGGCCUAUCAUCCUGCUCAUCGCAAGCAAGUCGUCUUGCGAUGCCAUUAUUAUCCCGCACAAGCAACCUCUGAGUUGUAUUCAGCUGCCUAUCAAUUUUAAGAUACUCCAGAGAUUGGUGCUCGCACUCCGAGAGGCAAUUGAAAAAGAGGCUGGUCCUAAAGGGAACCAACCAGCACUGAUAAAAGUUUUAAGGGAGUUGUCACUGUCGGUGUCCUUCGCUGCCAUUGGCCAGAAUCGCCCAGCCAGUGCUUCAUUCACUUUGGACAGUGUGGAGCCUGAGCUGGAAUUGGUGCAGAGUCUUUUGCCCCAUCCUCCAACUGUUUCCUUCACCAAGAUAACCAGUGUUGAUGCCACGAAAUCGAGAGCACUGACACAGAAAUUUAAGGAACCCUUCAAGUCAGCCUUUCUUAUGCGUGACCACCCGCUUUCACUCCUCGAUAUCACCCAAAUGGAUCUCUCUCAGCAUCAAUUUGCAUUUCUUUCUGCCUGUAAAACCGCAGUCGGUGUCCCUAGAACACCUGACGAAGUGAUACACCUGGCGGCUGGCCUGCAAUUCGCUGGGGUUAAGAGCGUCGUUGGGACAUUAUGGAAGGUCAACGAUAAUACUGUGCAGCGCUUAGUCGGGGCAUUCUACAAAAACUUGUGCAAGGAUGGCACAAUGAAUUCCAAACGAGCUGCCCCAUCACUGCACCAAGCGGUGCAGUCGUUGGCCUGCGACAAGGACAUGCCCUUGGACCAGCACAUAGUGUUCAUCCAUAUCGGUGUAUAA